AUACUGGCCUGAUGUUACCCUUGGUCAAUGAGGAUAGUCUGAAAACCAUCUUUUCAUAGGGCUUAAUCUACGAACUCUUUCCGUCGAUUCACACGCUGCACCUUGGUUCCUUCAACCCCCCUUUCAACAUCGAUGCAGAGGGUGUAGAUUCACUCUCAUUACUCUCCUCCAUCCCUUUACCGCAUCUCAUUCAGUUGAGCUUCGAAAUCUAUCCACCCUUGCGCCCGGACUCUGAUGAAACCCUAUGUUUCAUGCCGGUUUGUGCACCGUCUCUGCAAGUGUUGAUAAUCAGCUUCCCGGGGACCAGUAGUACCACUUUAGCGGUAAGGUUCAAAGAAAUGCCGAACCUGCGCAGCUUCGGUCUCUCUUGGAAUGUGGCAAUCUCGCCUAGUGGUAUGCACGAGCUGAUUCAUUUGCAAUACUUGCACGACUUGACUGUGAUCGUACCUGAUGACUUCGAUAUCGACAUGGGUCCGUCCAUGCAAUUAGUACUCCCCUCACUUCAAUUGUAUGACUCGCCACCCAGGCUCAACCAACUGUCAUGUCCAACCGCUUUGAAGGAUCAAGAAGUAGAAGAUGUCAUCAUAGCAAAGUCACUUGGAAUUUUUCACUGGGAUGAGGCUCGCCCGACCGCAGCUGGACAAGAUUUCGCUGCCCGAUGCUCACAUGCCCUAGCGUGCAGAUGGUCGAGUAGAAAUCCUGUCUUUAACGCGGGAUUUGGUGUGUGCGGUGAAGUUCUCCAAGAGACUCUGGGUCUUCCUUACUCCAACGCUUCCACGAGAUAAAACCCGAGCGUCGCGAUUAAAGAGGCAGCCGUUUCAAGUCUGCCGGAGGGGCUGGUACGUUGACAGCACAAAUGAUGCCUUACGUAUGUAGAAGAC